AUGGUCGCGCAAACCUCCAAGCCAUCAAGUCGCAGCUCUUCUGUAACAGCGCCAGUCGAGCGCUCCUCGUCAAGCCAACAUCAUGCGCUUGCGACUUCUUCCUCUUUGAGGGCGGCGCUCAAGAAGCCCUUCCAGGGUUGGUCCAAGGAACUCCUUCGCGCAAGAGAUAACGACGAUGAUGACUACAACUUCUCGAGUGGUAUGCGCCGUGGCGCUCAGUACUACCAAGACGAGGCCUGA